AUGCUGGCGGCGAACACGACAAGAGAAUCGGCCGACGGGGUCGGCCGAGCGAGGAUUACAGAACUCGAACCCACCGAAUCCAACGGCGGUGCUGAUAUCGGCAUUGACCUUCUCUCCUUUCCGUCGCCACUCCCGUCUCCGCUAGCAUCGGGCGUGGCAUCGGGAGACUUUUCGUGGUUGCUUCAGGAGAAUCCCCCGUUCGGCAACGAACGAGGCCGGCCAAGUCUUGGCCUCAACCCAAAGCCCAACCCCAACACGAAGUGGUAA